UUAUCUCUGCUAACUUUUUUUUUGCCGUACAUGAAUGAAUGAGAAGGAGUUCUGCACCAAGUCAAAGAGGAAUUAAAGCGAGUGCUCUUAGUCUCGAAACAUGUAAAAAUAUCACUCUUCACUAUAAAGAACAGGAAAGUUCACCGACAGCUGAUUUGGACAUAGAGUUGGAAAAUGUUCAAACUCCUACUAGCCCAAAGUGGACUGAGCACGAACUGUUCAUAAGAACUGUGCUUGCACGCCCUUUUAAGGUCCCCAUUGCGAACUAUCAAGAGGGAAAGAGAACUUGUUUAGGUAUUCGCAAACCUCUGAUUCGGCGGCCCCUCCAUGAUCCUAAUGGCGAAAACGCGUUAGUUUUGUACGAGCCACCCCCGCAACUACAGCCGUCUAACGAUCCCCUUCUUGUUCACGUUGUUGUUGAUCCACUACUCUCGAACGUGCUGCGACCCCAUCAACGGGAGGGCGUUAAGUUUAUGUACGAGUGCAUUACUGGGUUAAGAGAAGCGUCUACUACUGGCUGUAUCAUGGCCGAUGACAUGGUUUCGAAAUCUAUUUUCCUAGCUAUUACAGGUCUUGGGAAAACCCUUCAGUGCGUGUCUCUUGUGUACACGCUUCUAAAGCAGGGACCCGAAGGGAAGCCGACCAUUGAGAGCUGUGUGAUUGCCUCUCCUGCCAGUCUUGUCAAGAACUGGGCUAACGAGUUUCAGAAGUGGCUGGGACUCAGAGUCUCAUGUCUGACCGUCGACGGGGGCUCCAAAGCUCAAAUCGCUUCAAAACUACAAACUUUUGUUAGUCAGUCUGGUAACUCUUUGAUGCGAGCUGGUUUGUUAUCUCCGCCGUUCCCACAUGGCCCGGGUUCAGGACGAAGAAGGCUUUACUCGCUGCUAGUCAUUUCCUAUGAAACCCUUCGGACUCAUGGCAGUGUACUGGCCUCGCGGCCGCUUGGGCUUAUCAUCUGCGACGAGGGCCACCGCUUGAAGAACAUGCAAAACCAGACCUACCAAGCCCUGGAUGCUCUUCAAACGAAGAGAAGAAUCAUUGUUUCGGGGACUCCUAUUCAGAAUGACCUCACUGAGUACUACAGUCUUCUUAACUUCGUCAACCCCUCUCUUCUUGGUACUCCUAACGAGUUUCGUAAGAACUUCGCGAACGUUAUAGAAAGGGGUCGAGACUCGCUAGCCACUGAGGAGGAGAAGUUAUUCGGACAAGAAAAACUUAAUGACCUUGCUGCUCUUGCUAAUAGAUUUAUCAUCAGGAGGACGUCCGCUAUCAAUAAAAAGUAUUUGCCCAGCAAAGUGAUCCAGGUCGUCUUUUGCAGACUCACUGAAAUGCAAGAAAGGAUCUAUCAGCAGUUUUUAAAGUCCAAAGACAUUCUUCAUCUUCUUAAAGAUUCUUUCAAAGGAGGCUCGACGCUCACGCAUAUUCUUGACUUGAAAAAACUUUGCAACCAUCCCGUUUUAAUUUAUAAAAAACUUAACGAGAAAAAAGGCGCCUUUGAAAAUACGAGAGAAUUUCUCCACAAGAGCUUUGCAGCAGACCGCUUCCAACCAGAAUUUUCCGGAAAACUGCAGGUCCUAGACAAGAUGCUCGCUCUUAUUCGCACCACCACCAGCGACAAAGUUGUGCUUGUCUCGAACUACACACAAACACUGGAUCUCUUUGAACUCAUGUGCAAGGCAAGGCAGUAUAAAUUUGUGAGGCUCGACGGCUCGUUGAGUAUUCCGAAACGACAGAAACUCGUUGACUUUUUCAACGAUCCGCAGCGUCCUGAAUUUAUUUUCCUGCUAAGCAGCAAAGCAGGCGGAUGCGGCCUCAAUUUAGUUGGAGCGAACCGGAUUGUGUUGUUUGACCCCGACUGGAACCCCGCCACCGACUUACAGGCAAUGGCGCGCGUCUGGCGGGAUGGACAGAAGAAGAAGUGCUAUAUAUACCGCAUGGUAUCCACAGGGACUAUUGAAGAAAAAAUCUUCCAGCGGCAAUCGCACAAACAAGCUCUAAGCACGUGCGUAGUAGAUGAAGGAGAGGACGUGGAGAGAUACUUUUCUGCAGAGAGUUUGAGAGAUCUAUUCAGGCUGAACGUGCAGACAUUGUCAGACACCCACGAAAAGUUUAACUGUAAGAGAUGCGUUUCUGGUGUUGCAAUUUCACUUGCAGCCGCUAAAAGGGCGGAAGACUCUGAAGAUCAGUUUGACAUGUCAAAAUGGAAUCACUACAGCAACUUUGCCAAGUUAGACGAUAUAAUUCUAAGGAAAUCUUGCGGGAACACACUAAGGCGCCACGGGCAGAGGGAGCAAAAUUAACUCAAGUAAAACUUUAUAAGCUUCAAGGUGCUCCAUUCGAAUGUAAAAC